AGAGUAUAUAGACUCGAACCCCCGGGUCCCAUGACUAUUGGGCCCGGACAGCGGCCCACACACAUCUUACGGAUAUCGUUUGUAUUAUUGUACUGCUUAUAUGUCAUUUGUAUGUAACUAUGUACUAGAUUAGUCUUUUAUGUAGUUGGGCUACCGGGCCCAUAUUAGCGACCCGGCCCAUUAUUUCCCUAUUUAUACUCCUCUUGGAGCCAUUUGUAACCCUAGAACAUAAUUACUCAUUCAGACUCUACUAUUCAUUCAUCUUCUUCACUAUCUUUAGCUCAAAUCUCUCCAUUUUAAUAUACUUUGGAUACCCUAUAAUCCAUCAAUGGUGCUUUCAUUGAGAGAUUAGAGCAAAAUCAAGUGAGAAAUCCUCCCAAAAUCAUACAAAAAAAUCAUUCCAAUCAAAAGAAAUCAAUAAACAUUCCUGGAAUUAUUAUAUAAAAAAAAAGGGUCUGCGUCUUUGGCUCUAGAACAACCGUGCGCCGUUCUUCUCCUCCACAACCAGGUCUGCUCAGAAUCUUGCCUCGACAAUGGAGUUCCCAACGCCCACAGCUUGCCAGUCUUGGUGGAAGCUCGAGGCACCCCACCGCAGCAACUCGCCAAUCGCUGAACUACCUCGCUAUUCCGCCUCCUUCGCAGCUCGAACUUGAACCGUGUGAGCUACCGCAAAAGCUAAAAAGCGGCAGUCGCGUCUGAGGGUGCUGAACCGUGCUGUGAGCUUCCGCCAUUAAUGGCCGUUUCAGAGCUCUGCUCGCGACCUGAGCAGAAGCGACAUCGAGGAUUCGUACUUCCUCUCCAACAGGGACCGCGAUCGGUUUGCCUCGCCUUUUCCUUCUGAUAGUCUCUCUUUGGUCUCCAUACCCGGUGGCAGUGGCUGGCCAUUAACAGAGGAUAGGUCAAGGGAGUUUCUGGACCAAGUGGAAAAGAAUGGGCUGGAAUAUCUCUGCACAAGUUCUUUCCUUCUGAUCGCCUUUUCCUUCUGAUCGCAAACAUUCCUGGACCAAGUGGAAAAGAAUGUGCUGGAGUAUCUCUGCACAAUUUGUUUCAAGGGCCUAUUUUCUUCGUCAGCUCUCAAUUAUCAGCCCACAAUAUUCUGGCCCAAAUAUGAGCUAAGUAUCCAAGCAACCCAAUACUCCUAUUUAUGCACUUAAAAUAUUUAUUAAAUGAUAAUAGUAUAAUUAUUACUAUUAUUAAUUAUAUUAUUUCCACCACCAUUAUGGCGGGUUAAAAACCCCGAGGUGGUGAAGACCAUUAUGAGGGAUUAAAAUUUCCCGAGGUCGCUAAUGAUGCAUUAUUAUUGGCGUUAUUAUUUUUAUCAUCGCCAUUAGAGCGGGUCAAAAAAUCCCAAAGUGGUGGACCCGAGCUCUAGUCUACCGACCAUCUUUAUUUGAUGAUUCGGAUUAUAUUUGGGUCCCUUGACCUACCCUAGCCACCUUUAUUUGGUGACUCGGGCAUCUAAAGAUGAGAGCCGCUACCGGCCGCACAUGACAUUAUGCCCGAGAGCGUUAAACGGUACACCUCCUUCUCCGAGACGCUAAUCGCGUCGCCCAAAAGCCGUUGCCAUGAACAACGCACCUAUUGUAUUCCGCUUAUUUUUUGGAAAUGUAAAUAGAAGAUACCAUGUGUCGUAUCAGCAGCCUUCGAGCGAAAGGCUCAGGCAUACUCCAUUGUAUUUUGUAUCAGCGAAGGGCUCAGGCCUAGCUGAGAGAGCACAUCGUCCUGGCCCUGUAAGCCUAGAGUGAAACGCUCAGGUAUGGCCGACGAUGUCCCCAGGACGAUGGGCCCGCAAACGGCCCGCGUCUUGAAAUGGGAAGUUCACCGCGUCGUCCACGCGCCAGAUCGCAGGACGACAGGCCUGAAAUCAUGGCCGAGGUGGCAGAAUCCCCCCACUCAGGGUUGGGCAACGGCAGCCGUUGGAAACCAACCAAAAGUCUAGCCCGCGUCAUAAAUAGGUGACGGGACCCCCCUGAGAUCACGGACGUUAUAAACGAUGUCCGAACCGGUCGAAGGACGAGCACACCCUUCGGCCGAAGCCUGAAAGAAGGAUACUCCCCGAAAUAGAGAACGGAAACGGAAAUAGAUAAAAAAAAAGAAAAGGAAAAAGAAAAAAUAAAAGAGGGAAGCCGAGGACCGCGCGCACUCGCCGGCCUCGAGCAACAAAAAAUGAAAUCCCCACAACAAUACUAAGUACAUAUCAGGCAAAUACUACACAUUAUGGACGAAGCAAGACCAUACAUGCGGAUUAGACGAGCGCCCAGCGCCGUCCAUCAUCUUAGACGAGCGCCCAGCGCCGUCCAUCAUUUUCAGACGAGCGCCCAGCGCCGUCCCUCAUUUUCAGACGAGCGCCCAGCGCCGUCCAUCAUCUCAGACGAGCGCCCAGCGCCGUCCCUCAUCUCAGACGAGCGCCCAGCGCCGUCCAUCAUCUUAGACGAGCGCCCAGCGCCGUCCCACAUCUUAGACGAGUGCCCUGCGCCGUCCCUCAUUCUUAGACGAGCGCCCAGCGCCAUCCCUCAUUUUUUAGACGAGCGCCCAGCGCCGUCCCUCAUUUUCAGACGAGCGCCCAGCGCCGUCCAUCAUCUCAGACGAGCGCCCAGCGCCGUCCCUCAUCUCAAACGAGUGCCCAACGCCGUCCAUCAUCUUAGAUGAGCGCCCAGCGCCGUCCCACAUCUUAGACGAGCGCCUUGCGCCGUCCCUCAUUCUUAGACGAGCGCCCAACGCCGUCCCUCAUUUUUUAGACGAGCGCCCAGCGCCGUCCCUUAUUUUCAGACGAGCGCCCAGCGCCGUCCCUCAUCUCAGACGAGCGCCCAGCGCCGUCCUUCAUUCUUAGACGAGCGCCCAGCGCCGUCCCUCAUUUCUCAGACGAGCGCCCAGCGACGUUCCUCAUUUUCAUACGAGUGCCCAGCGUCGUCCCUCAUCUCAGACGAGCGCCCAGCGCCGUCCCUCAUCUGAGGACCGGCUCCUCAUCGCCUUUGUCCUCACAUCACGACCGGCCCCUCGGCCUCGGCGUGAUCAUCUAUCUCAAGACCGGCUUCCUCAGCGCCGCGAGUCUUGAGCUAGCGAUCGGGCUCGCCAUCCCUUCCCGGAUGGUGACCAUCGCCUCUAUAUGACGAUCGGCUUCACCAUCGCCUCAUCAUCAUUGUUUGGACCGACUCCUCAUCGUCGUCGUCCUCAUAUCACGACCGGCCCCUCGGCCUCGGCGUGAUUAUCUAUCUCAAGACCGGCUUCCUCAGCGCCGCGAGUCUUGAGCUAGCGAUCGGGUUCGCCAUCCCUUCCUGGAUGGUGACCAUCGCCUUUAUAUGACGAUCAGCUUCAUCAGCGCCUCGUCAUCAUAUUAUAGGACCGGCUCCUCAUCGCCGUUGUCCUCACAUCACGACCGGCCCCUCGGCCUCGACAUGAUUAUCCAUCUCAAGACCGGCUUCCUCAGCGCCGCGAGUCUUGAGCUAGCGAUCGGGCUCGCCAUCCCUUCCCGGAUGGUGACCAUCGCCUUUAUAUGACGAUCAGCUUCACCAUCGCCUCGUCAUCAUUGUUUGGACCGACUCCUCAUCGUCGUCGUCCUCAUAUCACAACCGGUCCCUCGGCCUCGGCGUGAUUAUCCCUCUCAAGACCGGCUUCCUCAGUGUCGCGAGUCUUGAGCUAGCGAUCGGGCUCGCCAUCCCUUCCCGGAUGGUGACCAUCGCCUCGUCAUCAUUGUUUGGACAGACUCCUCAUCGUCGUCGUCCUCAUAUCACGACCGGCCCCUCGGCCUCGGCGUGAUUAUCUAUCUCAAGACCGGCUUCCUCAGUGCCGCGAGUCUUGAGCCAGCGAUCGGGCUCGCCAUCCCUUCCUGGAUGGUGACCAUCGCCUUUAUAUGACGAUCAGCUUCAUCAGAGCCUCGUCAUCAUAUUAUAGGACCGGCUCCUCAUCGUCGUUGUCCUCACAUCACGACCGGCCCCUCGGCCUCGGCGUGAUCAUCUAUCUCAAGACCGGCUUCCUCAGCGCCGCGAGUCUUGAGCCAGCGAUCGGGCUCGCCAUCCCUUCCCGGAUGGUGACCAUCGCCUCUAUAUGACGAUCGGCUUCACCAUCUCCUCGUCAUCAUUAUUUGGACCGACUCCUCAUCGUCAUCGUCCUCAUAUCACGAUCGACCCCCUCGGCCUCGACGUGAUUAUUUAUCUCGAGACCGGUCUUAGUCAUUCCUUUACCGGAUGACGACCAUUGCAUGGAUUUUUGGACCGGCCCCUCAUCGCCGUCGUCCUCACAUCAUGCCCGGACCCUCGGCCUCGGCGUGAUUAUCUAUCUCAAGACCGACUUCCUCAGCGCCGAGAGUCUUGAGCUGGCGAUCGGGCUCACCAUCCCUUCCUGGAUGGUGACUGUCGCCUUUACAUGACGAUUGGCCCAUCAUGGCCUCGUCAUCAUUUAUUGGAACGGCUCAUCAUCGUCGUCAUCCUCACAUCGCGGCAGACCCCUCGGUCUCAACGCGAUCUUGAGGUAGCGAUUGGGCUCACCAUCCCUUCCUGGAUGGUGACCAUCGCCUCUAUAUGACGGCCGGCUCAUCAUUGCCCCGCCAUCAUAUCUCGGAUUGGUUUUUUCUUCAUCGCCAUCCGCACAUCACGACCGGCCCCUCGGCCUCGGCGUGACUAUCUAUCUCAAGACCGGCUUCCUCAGCGCCGAGAGUCUUAAGCUAGCGAUCGGGCUCGCCAUCCCUUCCUGGAUGGUGACCAUCGCCCUUAUAUGACGAUCGGCUCCAUUCUUGCCUCGUCAUCAUAUUAUCGGAUCGGCUCACCAUCUCCGUCCGCACAUCAGGAUCGGCCCCUCAGCCUCGGCGUGAUUAUCUAUCCCCAAGACCGGUCUCAGUCAUUCCUUCAUCGGAUGGCGACCGCUGCUUGGACUUUUGGAUCAGCCUCAUACUGCUGACGACCUCGCGUCACGAUCGGCCCCUCGGCCAUGACGUCACACCCUAUCCCAACAUCGGCUUCAUCAGCGCCGAGUGUGUUGGGCUAGCGAUCAGGCUCGCCAUCCCCUCCUGGAUGGUGACUAUCGCCUCUAUAUGACGAUCGGCUCCAUCAUCGCCUCGUCAUCAUAUUUCGGACUGGCUCCUCAUCAUUAUCAUCCGCACAUCGCGAUCAGCCUCUCGGCCGCGACGUGAGUAUUUAUCUCAAGACCGGCUCCCAGCGCCGAAGUCUUGUUAUAGCGAUUGGGCUCGCCAUCCCUUCCUGGAUGGUGACCGUCGCCUUCAUAUGACACGCGGCUUAUCAUUGCCUCAUCCUCAUAUUUGUACCGGCUCGUCAGCGCUGUCGUCCUCAUAUUCGGACCGACUCAUCAGCGUCGUCGCCCUCAUAUUCAGACAGGCGUCCACCGCCUCGUCUCCCUAUUCAGAUAUAGCGAACAUCUUACGGUCUCCGGUUGAAAGGCUAAAGGAGCCCAGAGUUCAGCCAUAUAUCGCUCUGUCAUCUUUAUUUGAUGAUGAAGAGCUCAUUUGCAGGCCCAUCGGCCAUAUAUCGCUCUGUCAUCUUUAUUUAAUGACGAAGAGCUCAUCUACAGGCCCAUCGGCCAUAUAUCGUUCUGUCAUUUUUAUUUGAUGACGAGGAACUCAUUUGUAGGCCUCUGAGCCACAUCUUGCUCCGUCAUCUUUAUUUGAUAAUGUGGGGCUCUCAUGUAGGCCUCUCGGCCAUACGUCGCCCCGUCAUCUUUAUUUGAUGACGUGGAGCUCUCAUAUAGGCCUCUCUCGGCCAUACAUCGCCCCGUCGUCUUUAUUUGACGACGUGGAGCUCUUAUGCAGGCCCCUCGGCCGCACCAUCGCCCCGUCGUCUUUAUUUGACGACGUGGAGCUCUUAUGCAGGCCCCUCGGCCGCACCAUCGCCCUGUCGUCUUUAUUUGACGACGUGGAGCUCUUAUGCAGGCCCCUCGGCCGCACCAUCACCCCGUCGUCUUUAUUUGACGACCUGGAGCUCUUAUGCAGGCCCCUCGGCCGCACCAUCGCCCUGUCGUCUUUAUUUGACGACGUGGAGCUCUUAUGCAGGCCCCUCGGCCGCACCAUCACCCCGUCGUCUUUAUUUGACGACGUGGAGCUCUUAUGCAGGCCCUUCGGCCGCACCAUCGCCCCGUCGUCUUUAUUUGACGACGUGGAGCUCUUAUGCAGGCCCCUCGGCCGCACCAUCGCCCCGUCGUCUUUAUUUGACGACGUGGAGAUCUUAUGCAGGCCCCUCGGCCGCACACAUCGCCCAAUCGUCCUUAUUCGACAACGUGGAGCUCUCGUACAGGCCUCUCGGCCCAUCGGCCUUACGUUCUGGUCAUCUUUAUUUGAUGAACCAGACAGCAUAUUGUGGACGGUCGCUCGACCCAUCCCUUAGUCAUCUUUAUUUGAUGACUAGGACUACUGAUCAUGAUGAGCUACCCACAUCUAGAGAUCGGCCUCGACCAUCGCCCCAGCAGACGGGCACCGUUGCAGCUCCAUCUCUAGGCCGAAGGGUUCGCACCUUUUGUUUCAUUUUGGGGGCAUCCGGUGUACUCUUUUUUCCCUCAUUAGGAUUUUUUCCCACAGGGUUUUUCCUAAUGAGGUUUUUAACGAGGCAUCUCCCCAUCGUGGAUCAAAAGGUGUCAACCCUCGGCCCCCUGUUGAAGACAUCAUCCGACACGCAUUACUCUACUCCUCUUCACGUCAUUACACUCGCCUCAAGGAGUGGGGGACUGGAAGAGCGGGGGACUUAGCGCCUCCGUUAACCAAAGAAGCAGAAAUUCAAAUUUUUGUUCAUGAAGUUUACUCACCAGACGACGACAGAUCAGCACACAGUUCUACUCUCUUUCACCUCGAAUACUCUCGACUCAGAGAGUGGGGGACUCCUGAUAGAGUAUAUAGACUCGAACCCCCGGGUCCCAUGACUAUUGGGCCCGGACAGCGGCCCACACACAUCUUACGGAUAUCGUUUGUAUUAUUGUACUGCUUAUAUGUCAUUUGUAUGUAACUAUGUACUAGAUUAGUCUUUUAUGUAGUUGGGCUACCGGGCCCAUAUUAGCGACCCAACCCAUUAUUUCCCUAUUUAUACUCCUCUUGGAGCCAUUUGUAAUCCUAGAACAUAAUUACUCAUUCAGACUCUACUAUUCAUUCAUCUUCUUCACUAUCUUUAGCUCAA